UUUACCAACAAAGUCUUUAAUACCUAUGCCGAAGGUGCAUAUUUAUCGAGUUCUAGGCGAGUUGUACCCCAUUCAGUAAAAUAGUUUUGUGCAUGCCACCAACCUUAGCAAACCUACUGUAUACUUCCAUAUUUAGCCUCCUAUUCACUCCAAUUUAGCACAAGUGGUUACAAAAAUCAACUGAUAAUAUGUCUCUUUAUUCCCAGUGAGGCAGGGUGACUGUUUCUGAAAUGAUUGUGUCUGGUAUGUGCCUUUCAUCUUUGUCAGAAAUACCUCUUUUUUUCCCCUGAGGUAUUUCUGAAUCAAUAUUCUUGUCCUGACCUUUAAAAAUUAACUUCCUCCUCAUGAAACUGCAGAUGGGCCUUAGUCAUUUUCUAAUGCGUUGCACUUUCAUGCUGUAGCAGGCUGCUCCGAUAACGUUGACUGGUGAUGUUUAUGUGCGCAGUAGCUCUCCAGCAGUGCUUCACAAGCUGUAGACUGCAGGGUGCCCUUUUGACUCUUCCCUCCUGUUUAUUUUUGAAGAAACAGGCCAUUUCAGCCAAUACGACUGAGACGGAAAUGAAGGGAUGGGGUCAGCAAAGUCUUUUCUGAGCCACACCGUGAGAUAAAUGAAGAAGGACUUCCUAUUGACUUCAAUUGUUUUUAUUAGUAUCACAAAAGAUGACAACCUCGGCACUCACUAAACAUCACCAUCACUUAAAUGUCUGGCAUUGUGCAAAGAAGCCCAUAAUGAGAUUUGAAGAGUUUUGGAGCAAGCUGGAGUCAUCUGUAAGAACUGGGUACUUAAGAUGAACGUGGGUGGUAAAUUGCAAAGCCAAAAAUGAUGUUCUCCAGCUGACAGUAGAUGCUGUUAUUUUGCAUUUUUUUCCUUCUUCAAAAGUGGUGAAUGAUUAAGGAAAGGCCUGUCUGAAGCUUUUGGUAACGGCUACUGUUUGAGGCAUAUGUGAGGAGCCUCUGGUGUUAAAACAGAUUGAUUAAUCAUUGGCAAGCAGUAGUUUUUCUCUGACAGACAGGUGCCGAUAAUAUGCUUGUGCAAGAGUGACUAACUGGGCCAGUAGUAAUUCAGUUUAUAUAGACUCCCUAGCUGUUGACAGUGACUUGGAGAAGUCUCUGAGGUUUCUUAUUUUUUGUGCUGGAAUGGUUAGUAAAUUAUGGGGGUGCGGAGCCUAUCCAAGCAGGCAAUGGGCACAAGACAGGGUAGACCCUGGAAUGGACACCAGUGCUUCACGUGGCAGACACACAGACACAAACACACACUCCAGGGACACUUUUUCCAGGAGCCAGUUAACUUGCCAGCAUGUUUUUGGACUAUGGCACAGGGCAUACACACUGCACACAGGACAUGCCCCAGAAUCGCGAAUUGAACCCAGGGCCCCAGCGCUGUGAGGCAGGGGUGCUAAAGCCUGCGGCGCUGGAAUAUGAACAGUCUGAACAAAGCUUGAGAAAAUACACUGCAGAGAAGAAGGAGGCAGAAAACAAAAAUGUGGUUUUCGCUUAACUAAGGUUUUUUCAGAAUCAGGUGAAAUCAUCUCCUUCUUCCCAACUCGGAGCAGAACAAUCCGCUUUGACAAAUGGCACCAUCACAAUCUCUUCUGGAACUGCACUCUGUGCCAUUGCUCUAUCGUGCACUUAUAUCUGGUUGUGUAGUGCACUCACACUGUUGUGUAGUAUUUUGUCAUGUGCUGUUGUGUACCACUUUCUAAUGCACUGUUGUGUAGCAUUUCCCCAUGUGCCCUUGUUUACAUCUCUCUAAUGCACUCUUGUGUAGCAUUCCCUCAUGUGCUGUUCUUGAACGAACUCUUAUGUACUCCUAUGUAGAUGUUGUUCAAUGUGGACACUGCUCCCUGCUUCACUACAAUGCCAUUCUGUGCUUUUUGCUGUCAAGGGCACAGUGUCGCUCAUUCCUCACGUCACAUUUUGCAACUCUUAGCUCUCUGGAAAAAAACGCAGAGAGCAUUGUGAUGCUCGCAGAAUUCACAGCAGUUUAGCCUGACCACGAAAACAACCUGUUCUCCUGAUCGUUGCUUAACCCUGUGUGCGUGCAUACAUUUGUUUGAAAAACACAGAUUUGCCACCCAGCUCUGAUCUUGACAAACAGAUCACGUGACGUUCUCGGUUAGCCAAUCAGCACGGCUCGUGCCAGGGGGGAAAACAGAAUCGGCGAGGUCCCCUUGGAAGACCGGCCACUGACACUGUUUAUCAGACAAGCUUGCACCAGCGGCCCAGGGGGUUUAAAGGUUAAGGGACUUGCCCUAGAUUCUGGUGAAAGCAAACAAAUAAGUUGUCCUCAUAUAAAUUCUGGGGCGAAGAGUGGAGAGGGGCUGUGAGUGCAGAUCGCACUGCCCCAGCGCAGACGGACAGCAUGGACCUGCUACACAGCGCCGGGGUGAACCUGACGGCCCAUCUGCAGGCCCACUACAGAGGCUACGAGGGCUUGUUCAACCUGGCGUCCUCUGUGGCAGACCUGCACACACCUUUCUUCGUCUUCUUCCCCGUCUGGUUCCACCUGCGCAGGGAGGCGGGCAUCAAGCUGAUCUGGGUGGCCGUGAUCGGGGACUGGCUCAACCUGGUGCUGAAGUGGGUUCUUUUUGGUGAGAGGCCCUACUGGUGGGUUCACGAGACCCAGUUCUAUGGUUCUGAACCGGCUCCUGUGCUAAGACAGUUCCCCAUCACUUGUGAAACCGGGCCAGGAAGCCCCUCGGGGCAUGCGAUGGGCUCAGCGGGGGUGUGGUAUGUGAUGGUGAUGGCCACUCAACCCCUCAUCUCCGGGACUCUCUGUCCCUCUCUUCCCCGGCUCAGGGCUCUGCGGGUGGCGCUGUGGACGGCGCUGUGUGCCGUCGAGCUCAUCGUCUGCAUGUCCAGGGUCUAUGUGGCUGCCCACUUCCCCCACCAGGUCGUCACAGGGGUCAUUUCAGGUAUGAUUGUGGCCGAGGCCUUCAGCAGGGUGCAGUGGAUCUACAGCGCCAGUCUGAAGAGGUACCUCCUCACCACCCUCUUCCUGCUGGUCUUCGCCCUGGGCUUCUACCUGCUCCUGCGGGUGCUGGGGGUGGACCUGCUCUGGACGCUGGAGAAAGCCAAGCGGUGGUGCGUCCGAGCCGAGUGGGUGCACAUGGACACCACACCCUUCGCCAGCCUGCUGCGCAACCUGGGCACCCUGUUCGGCCUGGGGCUGGGCCUGCACUCUCCUCUCUCCAGUGGGAGCCACUCAGGGAAACGAGGCCACAGCGCCCCCUUCAGGCUGGGCUGCAUCACUGCCUCGCUGCUGCUACUGCAGCUGCUGGACCUGGUCCACUUCUCCUCGGAGAGGGAGCUGCUAUUUUACCUGCUGUCCUUCUGCAAGAGCGCUGCCGUGCCUCUCAUCACAGUGGCACUUGCCCCCUGUGUCAUCUCCAGACUCUGCCCCAGGCAGGGCAAGAGGCAGAAGGACUGGUGACUUCAGACCUGCAACACACUCGCCCAACCAAAUCUGGGCCAUUACUCCUCAAGAUCCUUCUCUCCAUUUCAGAUCGCUUGUUGAUAGCAAUGUGCUCUGUGCAUUUCUAGUGCAUCCCCUGAAAGCAAAUCGUUCUAGCACUCUUAAUCUGAUAUGUU